AUGUCCCCCCCAACACCCGGCUCCCACGCAUCCUCGGUGUCCAGCCCUCCUCAAAAGCGUGAAAUGCUGAGCAGGACUGCCAGGAUCUGGCUCUGGGGGCCUGUGGUUCCCAGCUGCCACCAGCUGCCCCUAUCGAGCGCCGAGAUGAGAAGGUGUGGAGGAUUAGGGGGCACGGGGGACAGGCUGGCAGGCAAGAUAGAUGAGGGGGCGGGGGGCCAGCUCGCCUCGGGCAGGAAGCGCAGGCCGGCGGAUGGGGCUGUGGCAUCUCCUCCAAGUGUGGGUGACAAGGGUCCAGAGAUGCCCACCUGGACCAAGGUCAAGGGUCCCCCACCCUCCCAUCAAAUGACCCCCAUGUCUUCCGUGACCAGCCUCAAUCAGGGGGAACAUCCCAGAAUCCCCCAUCCCGAGGCCUUCAUGUGCCCCCCAACUCUGCAGGAACCAGGCAGCCCCAUCGACAGGGACCUGCUCAGUUUCCUGGCCCACCUGCCCCAGGCCCUCCAGUCAGUCAGGCCCGGGCCCCUGUGGACCCCAGCCCUGCCCUACCAUGAGCCCAUCGAUUGGAGGCGGCUGGGGGGCCAGAAGGGAGGGGCGGCAGCUGCCAACGUCACAGCCCUCGGCCCGCUGCUGCCAGCCCAGUGUCCCGGAGUCCCUCCUGCCAUCGCGCGGUGGGUCCCCAAGCAGCCGGACCUCAGGGCUGUGUCCAUGGCAGCCUUUCUCUCUGCCAGCCUCGGGUUACUUGCGCCCACCAAUGCCUACCCACUGUCUGCGCCCAGCUCCAGUUGUGAGUCUCUGCGGGCCCUGGCGUACCCCUCGGCAGCCCCCAAUUCUGCAGAGGCCCAGGUGGGGCCAGAGCCCAUGGGACGCGGCUCCAAGAACCCGCUGGUGUCUGGGGUGACGGUGCAAUUGGAGAUGAAGGGGCUGUGGGAGCAGUUCCACCGUCUGGGCACCGAGAUGAUCGUCACCAAAGCGGGCAGGAGGAUGUUCCCCGCCUUCCAGGUGAAGAUCCUGGGCAUGGACGCGCUGGCCGACUACGCGCUGCUCAUGGACUUCGUGCCGCUGGACGACAAGCGCUACAGGUACGCCUUCCACAGCUCGGCCUGGCUGGUGGCGGGCAAGGCGGACCCCGCCACGCCGGGCCGCGUGCACUUCCACCCGGACUCGCCGGCCAAGGGCGCCCAGUGGAUGCGGCAGAUGGUGUCGUUCGACAAGCUCAAGCUCACCAACAACCUGCUGGACGACAACGGCCACAUCAUCCUCAACUCCAUGCACCGCUACCAGCCCCGCCUCCACGUGGUGUUCAUGGACCCGCGCAAGGACAGCGAGCGCUAUGCCCAGGAGAACUUCAAGUCCUUCGUCUUCACUGAGACCCAGUUCACCGCCGUGACGGCCUAUCAGAACCACAGGAUAACCCAGCUGAAAAUCGCCAGCAACCCUUUUGCCAAGGGUUUCAGGGAGGCUGACCCGGAUUCCUGGACUGUGACUCCACAGCCCCUGCUUGGCACCCUAGCCCGAAGUCAUAGCAGCCUGGGUUCCUCCUGCCUUCUGAAGGGUUCCACAGAGCAGAGGAGAGACCCCAGCAGAGCUCCAGCCCCUGCCUCCAGGACAGCUGCUCGGCUUCACCACCAACUGCUGGCCCCACCUGAGGCUUUGCUGGCCCAGGCCACCUACCGGCCCCUCCCCUACCAGGGCCUAUAUCCUCGGAUCUCAAGUCCUAGGGGGGUCCCAAGGGCCCGGCAUACACCAUACCCCCUUCCCAGCAUGCAGGCUGAUGAGCUGCAGGAGACCAGGCCCCUUCCAGCUGGGCUGAGGCUCUUGUCUCCCACUGCCCUGUGUAGGGUGCCUGGCCAGGAUCCUCCCCUAAGGAUGGAGGCCUGUGGACAAAGUCCCUUUACCCUGGAUGGCACCCCCUUAGCCCCUCUCCCCUCCCACGCAGAGCAGGGCAGGUAA